CUGUUUUAAGAAUUAUUUUACAUAAAUUUAGCAUUUAUUAUGCUUCAUUUUUCUGGGUAUUUAAUCACUUCGUUAAACUAGCAUUUUUUUUUAAAGCAAUUUUUUCCACGUGACUUUUUUGUGAUAUUUUAAUGAUUAUUUGACAUUAAUGUACUAUUUAUUCUGCUGCAGUUACAUCUGACAUCUGUUUAAAUUUGAGGAGCACAUCAUCAUCAAUUUAUAUUUUUGACAGACUUUUUGGCUUUGGUGUUAAGGAUCAUUUAAGUCAUAUUUCUCGUCAUGAGUCUGGGAAAGCUGCCGGCGAUCAAAGGCCUGGUGUCCACGUCUCACGGCAAACGGCGGUUUAAGAGCGAGCUGUCGGUGGACAUGAUCAGUCCGCCGCUCGGCGACUUCCGCCACACCAUGCACGUGGGCCGCGGCGGGGACGUCUUCGGUGACACUUCGUUUCUGAGCAACUACGGCGGAUCAAGUAACAGCGAUGGGAUACGGUACCCGGAUUCGCCCCCCGGCUCCAAACCGACGCGCUUUUUGUCACGAACACUGCAGCAUGUGAGAAAGACUCCUCUGCCCCGGAGAGGAGGGUCACGUGACUUCUCGUCCCCUCCGCCGCCCAUCUCGCCCAUCAUUAAAAACGCCAUCUCUCUGCCUCAGCUGAACAUGAACGACGGCGGCCUGAUGAGGGCGCUGCUGCCCACCUCCACCAGCUCACCGGACGCACCGCUUUGCUCCUACGGUCUUCAUUCUGGUUUCGUCACGCUGCCACGUUCAUCUCGUCUGGACCAAAGCUUUGCAGAAACGUCUGAAUUGCUCAGUUCAGAUAGUCGACGGAGCUCCUUACCUGAGAACAGCGAGGUCUCAAUGACGCGAUCUGAUUCGCUCUCGUCCUUCACGGUGGACCUCGGCCCCUCCCUCAUGAGUGAGGUGUUGGAGUUGAUUGACAGCUCCUGCUGCCUCAUUAAGAGCUGUCAAGAUGAAGAUAUUGAGGAAGACGAGCAGCAGAGCUCUGCGUUUGAGAUGGAUCAUAAAUGUCAGACAACUCCGAUCGGAGCAGACGUCACCAUCGAGCCCAGGAGGCUCCAGCAGGCUACUAGCGUGCUAGCACGUCACUUUGGAGGAGGAAGACCUGAAGAAGAGCGUCAGAGACCUUCAUCUUUCAGACACACAAGGACGGCGUACAGCUUCACUGAGACAAAGGAUGAAAUCAAAGUAUGAACAUCACAAAUUAAACAUAAGGACAGUUAUGAUAUUAAAAACUAGUUUGAUUUCAAAGACAAUCUUUAUUUAUAAGUCCAAAUAAAAUAAGCUUUGGAAAUAGGAAUCCAGGGAUUAUUAUUAUUUUUGGUCAUUUUAAAGGACUUGAAAGACACCUGCUAUACAGUCGCGAAUGGAGAGCCAACUUUCUCUAUAAAUAAACAUCAUUCAGAUGAACAAACAUUCAGCUGUAAAUUUCUUUUUUAAUCUUGGAAUCAAGUAUAUAUUCGAUGAAACUGUUCUGUACAUAUUUUCACAAGUACAUUUAUAUUUUAUGUUGUUUAAAUGUGCAUAUGCAUUUACAAAACCAGAAGGCAAUGACCAGGAUCUUUAGCAUCUACAGUUAAUUAAAUAUAGAUCUACAGCAGAUCUGUCUGCUAAAGCCAGUGUGAACACAAAGACAUUCAUUUUAUUUGUAUUUUUUUCAUUG